GGCCCCGCCGCUGCAGCCGAGGCCAUGACCGUCCCGCAGCGGCUCCUGGCCGGGCUCUGGCCGUGGCUGCUCAUGGCGGCCCUGCAGGUGGUGCUGGGCCAGCCGGGCCUGGAGGCCGAGCGGCCGGUCCUCCGAGCGGUCAUCAAGGUGGCCCUGCUGAACCCCGAGCCGGCGGGGAAGCCUCUCACUCUGAAGGGGGUGUUCGUGAGAGGAAGCGAAGGCUACGCGGAGGGGAAACUCAUGCAGUAUCACCCUCUGUCUCUGUGCAACACAAGCGAGGAUGAACGACAAGAGAAUGACUUCAUCACCAUCGUCAAACUGGAGCACAGGGUACCCCGCUGUCUGCCGCUGCUCGAUAAGGCCCGCAUGGCGUUGGACAAAGGAGCUCAGGCCGUUAUCUUUGAUGUCAGUGAUGAUGCCAAUGCUGCUGCUGAGGUGACUGCGAAAACGGGCUCCCUCCCAUGUCCAGUCGUACUGGUGGAGGCGGAGGACGCAGAGGAGUUGAUGGGUCUGGUCAACAAGAACGAGGAGGCCAAAGUUCGUAUCGAGAUCAGGGUGGAGCCGCACAGAUGGCCACAUUAUGAUGUGGGUAUCCUGCUCACCAUUGUCCUCGCUAUUCUGACCAUCGUCCUUAUCUUUGCCUUCCGCUACAAGUGCAAGUCCAACAGGACCUGGGACUCUGUCCAUCAGCAGACCAUGCAGGCCAUCAGUCGACUGGAGACCACAACCUACAGCUCCCAGGGCUGCUCGGGCUCCCAGCGCCAACGUGCAGCCUGGGGGUCAGCCAGCAGCUCCAACUCCAGCCCCGUCUGUGCUAUCUGCCUGGAUGACUUCCAGGACGGGCAGCAUCUGAGGAUCAUCUCCUGUGCUCAUGAGUUCCACAAAGACUGCGUCGACCCCUGGCUGCUGCAACACCGCACCUGUCCCCUCUGCAUGCACAACAUCAUGGGGACGGAGCGGCAGCCCCAGAGGAACCGACUCCAGCAGAGUCCAGAGCAAAGUCAAGGUUUCCUGCACCCUCAGUCUUACAGCAGCCCACGGAACCACCCCUUCCCCCAGCAUGCCAUCCCCUUCUCUAUGAGGCCCCACUAUCCUCGCGGACCCUCCGGACCUUAUCCCUCGCUCGGCCACUACACCGGCCCUUCUGCCGUGGAACCACAAACACUGCACUUCCUCGCCAGCAGGCCGCUUGCGCCCGGCUGUGGGUACCACCUUCCUGCAGAGGGUCCCGGGAGGCCCCACAGGAUUGGGGGUAACUGUAGGACCUCCACGCACCACUACACCCCCCGUCGGUCCUGCCAAAACUAUCGCUCAUCCUGUGCGGCGCAGCGCAGUGCGUCCAGCUCAAGACUGCACCACCCCGCCCCUGUCACGCCACAGCCCCGUGGAGCGCCAGCCCACAGCAGGCAGGACGACGGCAGCUGCUCAGGUGGCAGCUACCACACGGAACGCAGCGGGUACUUGGCCGACGGGCCGGCCAGUGACUCUAGCUCGGGGCCCUGCCACGGCUCCUCCAGCGACUCUGUUCUGAACUGUACCGACGUGUCCCUGCAAGGGGUUUAUGGCAGCUGGUCCACCUUCCGUAGCUCUCUGAGCAGUGACUACGAUCCGUUUGUGUACUAUGGGCCAGGUUCUGGGUGCGCCCCCCGCAGGAGCAGCCUGGAGGCAGGCGCCCAGGCCCGGCCCAGAUCUCUGGAUUCUGUAGUGAACAAAGCAGGCUGCCCCGAAGAGCAGCCGCAGACUGUGUUUAGCCACAUCCACUACCACCGCCACAGACACCACCACUAUGAGGAGGGGGAGCACAGCCAGGGCCCGAGCAGAGGCUCGGACGAGGAGCAGGGGGCCGCUGCUGCUGCUGCAGCUGCACCUGCUGCUCUUGUCCUUGAAAGAGACUCGCCUGUCUGCCCUCCUAAGCAUAGCCCCUGCCAGUGCCCAAAGCCAGACCCCACAGAUAGGCCCAGUCCUGGGACAGAGUGCCAGGACCAUGACCCCAGCAACCCUACGGGACCUUCUGUACGGAUGUCCUCGAUCCCUGUACAGCUUCAACCCCACUGCUGCCACCAGGGACACGGACACCCUCCCGCUCCUCUCGGGCGAGUGGGUGGCUGUGUGCAUGAUGGCCCCUCGGUUCGCUUCCACCAGAGCCUAGAUCUGCAGGACGACCGGAGCAUCCACAUCCACUACGGUCAGGGCCCGGGCUUCUGCUGCUCGCCUCCAGAGCUGCACCCUGCAUUGCUCCCUGUGCCCCUCAUUCUGGACUCUGGAGGUAUGGAGGACUGGCCUUGCUAUACCGGGGCACAUGUAGUUUGGCAAAAGCGGGUGCAGCAGGCCCGCUCAGAGCCCCAGCUCUUGGGGCCGGGGACCCCUAUGGACAGGCCCCCCUGCAGGUUCCACCAUGGCCCUGUUGCUGACCGCAACACAGACAUUUGUUUGUACUGCCAAACAUUACACCACAAUCAGGGAUCAGAAGAGGAGUCUGGUGUGUGAGAACUCGUUGCGUCCCCAUUAUCACGCUGCUACACAGGAGCCAGAAUGGACAAGCCUCUCAGUGGCUAUCGCUCUCAUGUCUUCCACUUAAUUCCACCAGCAAUGCCUUCGUUCAGACGAUUUCCCAGCUUCCCCCAGGGAUUCAAAGCUCAUGUGCUGAAAUGCUCUUUCAGCUGAGUUAGAUUGAAAUUACCGUGAUUUAUUGAUGCUAAAAAAACUUACCUGACCCUUCAUAAUGUUGUAUAUGAAAAUAUAUUGAAUGAUUUUAAUGUUUGGUAGUCGCUGGUGAAACGACUCACCAGGACUUUGGGAAAAAAAGUGUUUUUCGGUUUCUCCUCAUCAGUUAUAGGACGAAUAUUCAUGACCGACAUGAUAUCACAAGUUCCCAUGCUCCUUAGAGACAAGCAACGAAUGAUCCUUGCUCGGGGUGUCGAGCCCUCAUGAAGUGAGACUCCAUCUCUGCGUCGCUCACUCUAUUGCAACAUAACUUGAUUUAUUUUUUAGAGGUACUUACUUUCACCCAUGUGAUCUUCGUCUUCCUUUGCUGAGUCCAGCCUCAGCUGAGAGAAGCUUUUCUCUCCAGCCUACCUCAGCUCAGAUUUCUUAACAUGCCUCACACAGGGGGGUCUUUAAAGGUACUGCUGUAGUGAUGUUUUAUUUUUCUAUUUUUUUGGUCACAACCAUGUAGCUCCCAUAAACUCAACAAAAAGUUAUCCUCUUGGCAGUCUGACCUGUCCAAAUGGAGAGAAAGGUUGAUGCUCAGCCCCUCAAACAGUGAGCGUUCACUGAGGCUGCUGAGCCUUGCAUGGGCCUUGUUUUCAUUAUUUCAAUAAUGGCAGCUGUUUUCAUCAUGUUUGUUUUUAUGUGUUUGGAUCAUUUUCUGUUUCGUUUUUUGCAGUCUGUGAUUAUUAUUUUUUUAACCUUUUCAUAAUGAACCGGUUUGACUGAAUUAUGUCGUCGUCUUUACGAGCUAUCGUCUUGUUCUCGUCAUUUCUCUUGCCAAUGGUUACGUCACGUGUUUGACCUCAGUGCUGUCAAAGCCCCGAUCAGAGCCUCAUCAGAAGGACACCCGUAUCUUCUGCUCCUCUAAAUCUCUAAUUCAUCACAAUGUUGUAUUAUCCUGUGAAAAGGAUAGACUCUCCAGUUGUCUUCCAGCAACUAAAGCUCUAGAAAAAUGUUCUUCAUUGCAGCCAUAGAAAAGAGAUAGUGACUCUUUAAUGAUAUAACUGGAGUAAAGCCAUGCUGGGGAGACCUUACAGUCCCAAGCAUCCGCCCGGUCUGUUGCCGUAGCAGCGGCUUCAUGAAUGCUCGGUGUGCUUUUCCCAUGAUUUUAAACUGUAAUGGGUAGAGCCUGAGAAAUGCCUCAGGAACAAUCGAACACUGGAAAAAUGGGAAUAAUUCAUUUUAGUUACAGUAAUGGUACCGGAAUCGGUAAAAGAUCCUUUGUCGUGGUGAAUGUGCAUUGCUAAUCCCUGCUUAUUUUGGCUUUGAAGGAAGAUCCACCUUAAAUCAGAAAUCAAAUACAGUAUUUAACAAAGAAAUUGAUUUAGAUAAAUCAUUUUCUAUUGUUUAACCAUCCUUCAAAAGCUAUAAACAACAGAAUCAAGGUUUAAAUGACUUAUUAUUACAUCUCCUUCUAUUGCGCCACUCUCACAGGCAGACUGACGGACAGAAAAUGUGUUUAUAUCCGAGGGGGAUUACUCUGAACACUCUAACUGUGUAGAUAAAAGUCAAAGACGGCUCGCUCAACCACACACAGGCUCAAUGAACUGAGAUCAGAGGUAUAGGAAUUCUGUUAUAGCGUGGACUUUCCCUUAAAGGCUCAGUGAAAAUGUGAAAAGGAUUUUUCUCAGCAGUCACACUUCAGAUACAGUUUAAUAGCAGACAAAGAGCUCAUGGGUAUUGCAAUGUAACCAGUAGCACUUAUACUAAAGCCUCAUAUGUGCCUUAUUCAUUCAAAAAUGCUCAUAAUCCUAAAUAAGGAACCUCCCAACACACUAAGCUCUUACCUGUCUAACCAAAGAGGCAAAAUCUUGAACACAGUGAACUUAUCAAAGUAUAUGUUGUGCCUUUCCUUAAUUCUCAGAAUGAAAUGUUCUUUCGAUGACGAGAGAGAGCAUGCCAGAAUUAAAGUGCAAAUAAUCAAUAUUUUGGACAAUCAUGCAGAAAUCUUCCUGCAGUCCCAUUGUACUUAUACCUCACUUUGAAUGUGUCAAUGACGCAGCGCCCUCCAGCUAAAGCAUCAGUGUUUCCUUGUCUGGUAUUGUGCGCACCCAAACAGUCUGAGACUGAGAUGGAAAUGACUGAAUUACAAGAAGCACUUUGGCUUGAGCUGAUAUUAUAAUUUAAAAAAUAACAUCAUAAAACAUAGUAUUAAUUAUUUUAAAAAGCCCAGAACCGUUAGCACAUGAAAAAAAAGCAUACAGUGAUGCCGCAGAAUAUCUAAUGUGACUUCAUCCUGUUCAAGAUCUUUCUCUUUGUGUUGUUUUAUGUGUUUGUUUUGUCAUGUUUUGCAAGAAUAAUGAGCUGAAACUGCCUUUUCUAUGAGUACAAAAAAUCCCUCCAGAACUUUAAGGGAUAUGUCAGUAUAUUUUGGAUACUUUGUGUACAAAACGAGAACAAAAAAACAACAACCCAGAAAUGAAAUAGUGUUGUAUUUUAUAUAUAAUAGAACAUUUCAAUAUAGUGACAUGUCACUAAUAUAUUUAUUUACUAAUAUAUUUAUCCAUUUUGUCCAGGUUUGAAAGAGUGGUUUCUGUAUAGACUGAAUGUUUCUAUAUGGAAACUGACCAGUGCCAUCACAGAUGUAUCAACCUGUCUUCAUUCCAAUUAUAUGCAAAUAAAUUAUUUUGAAAUAAAACCUCUGUGCAGCUUACAUUUUUUUGUAGGUGAAUCCAGGGAAACCCCCGGUGUCAAAUGAGUUGUGUUUGCUUGGCAGUGUUGUUAG